AUGACACCAGCACAAUCCAUCCCGUCCCUCUUUCACCCAAUCAAAGUGGGACGCCUUACCCUUCAACACCGCGUUGUCCUUUGCCCACUUACCCGAUGCCGAGCGACUAAAUCCGAACAGAUGCCGAUCCUCCCAAUUGUUCGUGAUUAUUACGCGCAACGCGCGAGUGCACCAGGCACUCUCCUUAUCACUGAGGGGACCAUCAUAGCUCCAGAAGCAGGUGGACUAGACAAUGUCCCAGGCAUCUGGUCCGACGAGCAGAUUGGGGCGUGGAAGCAGAUCACCGAUGCCGUGCAUGCCCAGGGCUCACAUAUCUAUAUGCAACUGUGGGCACUCGGUCGAUGCGCGAACCCGAGCAUCCUCAAUGCCCAAAACACCCCUUACGUGUCUGCCUCUGAUAUUCCACUGAGGGCAUCCCCUUCGGCCAUCCCACGUCCUCUUACCGUCGCAGAAAUAGAGGAACUCGCCCAGAGCUUCGGGAGAGCCGCGUCGAAUGCCAUCAAUAAGGCAGGGUUCGAUGGCGUUGAAGUACACGGCGCUAGCGGCUAUUUAAUGGAUCAAUUCUUACAAGAUACUUCGAACAAGAGAAAAGACGAAUAUGGAGGAAGUGUGGAGGGAAGGACGAGGUUUGCCUUGGAGGUACUGGAGGCCGUAACGAGGGAAGUGGGACAAGACAGGACGGCGAUACGUAUCAGCCCCUGGAGUAAAUUUAACGACAUGCGCAUGGAGGAUCCCAAACCGACAUUCUCAUAUCUGGUUACACAGAUCCGUGAACGCUUCCCAAAUUUGUCGUACGUCCACGUCGUCGAGCCCCGCGUGGCUGAUAUGAACAUACGAAAAGAUUCGGACCUAUCCGAGGAUGAGGAGAACGACUUUCUUCGGAAAAUAUGGGCACCUAGGCCGUUCAUCGUUGCUGGAGGUUAUACGAGGGAGCUUGCCUUGAAAGGGGCCGAAAAGGGGGAUAUUAUCGCUUCGGGGAGACUAUUCCUUUCCAAUCCCGAUUUGGUUCUACGAUGGAGGAAGGACCUACCUCUUAAUGCAUAUGACAGAUCAACGUUCUACGCACAUGGGGAUGCCAGCGAAAAAGGCUACGUCGACUACCCAUUUGCAAGCGAAUGA